UUGACGCUAAAGAGCGGGGAACAGAAUAAUUAUCCAUUUUUUACUUUGAAGAGUUAUUGUCUCGGUGUUGUCGUGUUGAUUCCUGAAGAGUCUUUGCUGAAAGUGAAAAACGUUAACCGGUUUACUUCAAGAUUCGUAAUUAGGUUACUUGUGCGAUUAAGAUACAAGGAAUCACUGUGUGAGGACACAACUUCAUCACACCACUCUAAUUCCACAGGCCGCACCCCUGAAAAAUGUCAUCGAAAAUGCCCAGCACAAACAACCUGGUGCAAGCGAGGAGAACAGUACAACAGCUCAGAACAGAAGCCAAUAUUGAGAGAGUAAAGAUUUCAAAGGCUUCAGCGGACCUGGUGCGCUAUUGUGAGCAACACGCCAAGAGCGACCCUCUGCUUAUGGGUAUCCCAGCCUCAGAAAACCCCUUCAAGGACAAAAAGCCUUGCAUCAUAUUGUAGUUGGGAGAUCACAUGCCUUUCUCACUGUUUUCCCACAGACCGAAACCUGAUGAAGUACUCUCAAACCCUCCCGGAGGCCUGAAAUCCCACCUAGCCUUAGCCUGUGAAACCACAGUUUUGAUCGUAGAAAAGUGGAACUUUCUUUGAUUCGGUCUUGGUUUGGAAGUUGCUUUUCCACAGAUCGUACAAAAAUGGCUUUGGAAUUUAAGAAUCGUACACAAUUCUGGGUGAUCUUUAAUUAAUGAUAAUUAUUAAAUAAUAAUAAUGAUUUGGUCACUCAAUCCACGACUGUCUGUGGGACACUGCUGUGCGCAAUUGGCUGCCGCGUUUCGCCCGCAAAAUUUACAGUCAGUCCACUUUACAGUAUAUUCUGUGUAUCACUUUGAGACGUCUUGAAGAAUAUCAAAUUAUUAGCAAGGAUUAUUAUGAUUAUUAAAUGCUAAUGGCAAAACAGGCUAAGAUGAGAUGGAAUUUGGGGUCUCUGGUUCCCACAUCUAAUUAUCUUUCAUAUUUCCUAUUUUGUGUGCUUAUGUGCCAACCCUUCCCCCCUCCUUACAAAUGCACACUCCACACAGCAACUCGUCCCUCUUCCACCAGCCACCCCACUUUAGGGAAGUGUUGGUGAACUCAGACCAAAAAUAUCUAUAUAUCGGUGCCAGAAACACUUGAGAGGGAUUGAAUGUAAUACAUGCAGCCGUCCUCAGCCUUGCUUUCUACCACAAAGUGUUCCCCCACCCCCACACCCCCCACCACUCCCUCCCCAUGUCAGUGCAAAGUGUGCAAUCUUUAAACUUGCAAAUCCAUUGCAAUAUGUACUUCAACUGAGACCAAAUUUUCCUCAGAAACAAAUAUCUUAUAAAGUCUUAAAUUUGCUCUGUGCUGAAUGAGGCUUUUUCUUACUCGGUGUGCAUUGUCUAAUGCCCCCUAUUUUCCAUCUGCUUGGUGGGGGGGGGGUUUCCUUUUGGGGUGGUGGGGGCUGGAGAGAUGGAAGGAGUUUGGGAUGGGUUGUCCCAAAUAUUGUAGAAAAGUGCUGGGGUUUUGGCUGCUGUUGACCCCCACCUCGUUUCCUCAAAUUCUCUGUGCUCAUCAAAAACAACAUAGAUUUGUACAGCGCCUUUCACGUCGGGAGGACGUCCCAAGGCGCUGGACAGCCCUGUGCAGUCCAAAGGAGUCUGUCCCUGACUUCACUGAGAAUCCCAGAGCUGAGCUCCACAGUGAUGGGAUGAUAAAAAAAAAGAACACUACUUGUUCAACACAAAACCAGUCUGUAGCAUGAGGAAAGACUGUCUGUGAACUGGUGUAGACAGAACCUGAAUUGCUGUGUACACUAGGCUAUUGUCUUUAUUUUGCAUCUUUUCUAUCACAAGAACUGAUGGCUGUCUGACAGCUCGGGAUGUGCGGGGGGUGGGGGAGGGGUAUAUUAUACAUAUUCUGAUCCUCAGAUAAUCUAAUCUAAUUUAUUUUCAUAUCUAUUUUUAAUAUCUCGUACGUGGGAGCAGUGUUCACUUUCUAAUGACCAGAGAACUGUUCCACACGUGUUCAACACAAACCUAACCUCUCCAUCGCCUUAGUUUGUGGUACACAGUGACUGUACCACAUCUGACAGCAGUGCCAUGUCAUGAUUGCAGCAACACUCCAGUAUGUCAGCAAGCAGCUUUCUAACCCCCCCCCCAUCCCCAAUCUCGUCUGCACUGGUGGUUGAUCUCUCACUGGAGCUCUCUACUCUAAUCCCAUUCCCUACUCUCUCCCCCCAUCGUGUCUGUGCUGGUGCUCGCUCCCCGACUGGAGCUCUCUACUCUAACCCCAUUCCCAGCUCUUUCCCCCAUCACGUAUGUUAUGGUGAUCGUUCCCUCAUUUAUGUUCUCUACUCCCCUCGUUCCCCUGCUCUUUCCCUUUAAUAUUUUUCUGCAACUGUUUACUAAUGAAGGGGCUGGACUGCCAGGAAGUUUAUUUCAUGGGGGUGGGUGGCGGGGUGGAGUUAAUUUUUAUUAAAUAGCCUUUUGUACUUGGGGUUUAGAAUUAAGAUCUGAAGGUUAUUCAGUUCCACAUUUCCCUACAUUAAGCUUCCUGGCAGGGACUUGCUGAAUGUUCAAAUGAAAACCUUGCAAUGUUAAAAACUCUGCCAAAACUAACCUUGCACAGCCAUGAUCUAAUAGAAUGGUGGAACAGGCUCCAGGGGCUGAAUGGCCUCUACCUAUCCCUAUGUUCCUUUGUUCCUAUGUCCUGUGAUCGGGGAAACUGUAUAUUCUAAUUUUUAAUUAUUCAUCCAUCUAAGUGUUGGUUUUUAGUGUCAAUUAGGUAACACUGUCUCUGACUUAAACAUCUCAGCUAAAACGACCAAAUAGUUUCUGACUUUUAACACUUGUAUUAUCUCAAUUAAAUAUUUAUAUUCUAUAAAUCUAUUAAAGAACUCAUUGCCUUA